UAUCGUCUCUCCAUCUUGAUUCUUUGAAAAUUGGUUUAAUCACAGUCGUGUGAGAGAUGAUGACGUUCAACGACCUUCCGGAGGAUUUGGUAGUGGAGAUACUCUCUAGAGUUCCGGCUGUAUUUCUAGCACGAUUACGAUCAACAUCCAAACGAUGGAACACUUUGAUCAAAGAUGGGAAACUUUCUAAGAAGCACUCUUCUAAUGCUCCAAGGCACUCUAUGGCUCUCGUGUUGAUUGAUCAUAAGGUUUAUUCAGUGAGAUCCAAUCUCCGUGGAAUUCACAAUAGCGUUGCUCCAUAUGUUAACAUAACAUGUCAUUUUAGCCUAAAAGAACAUCUUUCUAAUAAUUAUUCAACAGAAGUCGAUAUAGGCCACGUCUUUCACUGCGAUGGCUUAUUGCUAUGCACCACCAAGGACUAUAGACUGGUGGUUUGGAAUCCGCUUUCAGGUGAAACAAGGUGGAUUCAACCAAGAUUUUGCUACAAGAAAGAUGACUGCUAUGCUCUCGGUAGAUCCUCUUGCAACAAGUACAAAAUCUUGAGGCAGGGUCGUCUUAUCAAUCCUAGCGAAGAACGUUACGUGUACAACAUCGUGGGGGAGGAUCUUGUUAUCAACAAUAGCCAAGAACGUUACGAGUACGAAAUCUAUGACUUUAACUCUAAUUCGUGGAGGAGUAUUGGUGUGAUCACCGGCUUGUUCAAUCCAAAUAUCACCAGUGGCGUGUCUGUAAAUGGAAUCACUUACUGGUUUGAUAUUAGUGAACAAUUCUUACUAAGUUUUGAUUUCUCAACAGAGAGAUUUGGAAGUGAGUCUCUCCCAGAGGGUGAUAGUCAUUUGGCUUUAUCAGUGACUAGACAAGGGAAACGACUUUGUAUGUUAUCUACUAAUUACACAUACGUAACCGGAACAAACGUUAACUUAUGGAUAGCAACGAAGACUAGUGAGAACACCAGAGCAAUGUCAUGGAGCAAGUUCCCAAUACUGCGGGGCGGAGUUGGUCUACGCUAUCGUUGUCAUUUUAGGGAAGGGGUGAGUUUCUUCGCAUACCAAGUUAAGGAGAAGAUUGUUGUAGUUUCUUGUCAUAGACCCAACCGGCACUCCAAGGACAUCAUACACAUUGUGGAAAAUGAUAAAUUCAUAGAAUUGGAUCAUCAUGGUGCAAAACCUACACAUGAAUUAUCUCCUACCCCACGUCUCCUCAUAUAUGUUCCAAGUUUGGUUCAAAUUCAACAUGGUAUUUAGUUCUUUGGAGGAGGCACCAAGUCAGCCAGUGCAUGGCCUUGUAAUUGUCACACUAGUCUAUGCAUUAUCUAAUCUAACUCUUGAUAUUUUAUAAGUAAGAUAUAUGUACGCAUUUCUAAGUUAUAACUUGUUGCUACCCUUUUGCUAGUGGAUAAUUCGAGGCACAUGGCAUUUUCAUAAUUGGUCAAUUAGUUAUUAAGUACCAA